CGAGAUUUGAAAAACCGCGAACUUAAAAAUUUCAAUUUCUUUUUAAAAAAUGCUUGCCAAGAAGAGAAAAUGUGUUCCAAGCUCCGAAACAAAUGGCUCAAAUAAUUCUUCUGAAUCUAAAGGUUUUGUAGAAGGUUCAAUUGUAAGGAUCAGACUAGAGAACUUUGUUACUUAUGAUUCCCUAGAAAGCUACCCAGGACCCGGUUUAAAUGUAAUUAUUGGCCCUAAUGGAACUGGCAAGAGUACAAUAGUAUGUGCAAUAUGCCUUGGACUAGCUGGUAAGCCUGCUGUCCUUGGAAGACAAACUCAUGUCUCGGAAUUUAUCAAGCACGGGUGUGAGAGAGCUGAAAUUGAAAUAGAAUUGUUUGACCCCAAGGGACAUAAUAAAACUAUAAAACGUGAGAUUCGACAGAAUGGAUCUAACUGGUUUGUCAACAAUGGGCCAACAACACAAAAAGCAGUUGAAGCUUUGAUAGCUGGACUGAACAUCCAAGUGAACAAUCUCUGCCAGUUUCUUCCGCAGGAUAAAGUUGCCGAUUUUGCCAAAAUGACCAAAGAAAAGUUACUUGAAAGUACAGAACAAGCAGUGGGGCCACCAGGGAUGUUUGAAAACCAUGAGAAGUUAAAGAACUUUGGGGGCAACUUAAAAGAUAAGGAACGUCGUUAUAAUGAACUCAAAGAGGAAUUGGAGAAAGCGAUCAGUGAAAACAUUCGUUUAGAGCCAAAUGUCAAAAAUUAUGAAGAUAGACAGCGCCAUCUGGAUAAAGUGAAAAUUUUAGAGAAGAAAAAACAUUGGGUGGAGUACGAGGACCAACGACGUGCCUACAUCACUGCUAAAGAGGAGAAAGACCGCCUGGCCAAGAGGGUGAAAGUAGCUGAACUGAAGCAUAAACCAAUGAGGGCAAAAUUAGACAAAUGUUCUCAAAUGAUUAAAAGAUGUGAAGACGAAAAAAUAAAAAUGACGGAUGAUAUCAAACAACAAGCAGUGAAAGCCCAGCAAAGUAGUAAAGCUAUAGAGUCAGAAACUGAUAAGCUUGCUGAAAUACAGCAAGACGAGGAACUUAAAAUCUCUGCUGAUAUUGAGAAAAAGAAAAAGAUAAAGCAGCUAAAGCGCCAUCUUGAGGGACUUCAGAAUGAUCUUAGUAAUCUGCCAGAAUCUCAAAACUUCCAGCCUGAAAUAGAACGCAACACCGAAGCUCAACGGGGAAUUGCUGGCCAUAUAAGGAGAAUACAUACUCAGUGCCAGGAUGUAGAACAUCAAUUACGCACAAAAAAGGGAGAAAAGCAAGCUAUUGAUCAUGAGUUGGCGGAAAUCAAGAACAUUAACAACCAAAGGCUGAAUCUACUACGGCAAAAACACAGGGACACUUACGAAGCUGUGAUGUGGCUGAGACAGAACUCCCAUCUAUUCAAGAAGAAAAUACAUGAACCCCUAAUGAUAACUUUGAACGUCAAUGAUCCUAAAUGGGCCAAAUAUCUCGAGAUGCACAUCUCAUUUAACGACAUGCGGGCGUUUGUUUGUGAAGAUAAAGCGGAUUCAGAGGUCUUCUUUAAGGAGGUAAAAGACAACCAGAAGUUGCGGAUUAACGCAAUUAUCGCACCGGAUAAACAUCCUGACGAAUUUGAGCCACCCCAACAUAUCAACACAUUACGGAGGUAUGGUUUUCAUAGUUACCUGAGAGAGAUGUUUAACUGUCCCACUGCUGUAAUGAGCUACUUGUGUGAAAUGUACAAAGUUCAUGCCAUUCCAGUAGGCGACCACACUACUAAACAAAGGGUGGAAAAGGUCGUCAAUGAGGUACCCAGAUUGAGUACUUUCUACACAGAGAACCAUCAGUAUGCAAUCAGAACGUCACGUUACGAUAAAUCAAAGUCAUCGCGCUGUUCCGAGAUCAGGAAGCCUAACCUGCUGACUGUAACUGUGGAUGAAAACAGAGAGAGGGAGCUGACUCAACUACUAAGGGAAAUCUUGGGGACCUGUCACGAUUACGAAGAAGUUCUAAGAAAACAUCAACUAGAUCUUGGAGGCCUAGAAAAACAACUUGAGGCUCUGAGAACUGAAAAGAAAGCCCUCCUUCAAAAACGAGACCAGAGAAAAUCCCUGGAAAACCAAAUCACUAGCAAGAAGCAGAGCAUUAUUCGAUAUGAGAGGGAACUCAUUGAUAUUGAUCAAGAGCGACGAGCAUUUGCCAAAAAAGUCCAGGAUAUAAAUCAACGGAAAGUUGGCAACCUUCUCAAAAUGCGCACCUUCACUCAGAGCUGCGCAGAGCUGAGUAUCCAGAAAACACGAACUUGUUUGCGAUUGGCUGAACAAUUGAAGAAUAAAUUUAAAAUGGAGAACGAUAUGAGAGAUGCCACCCAAGAACUGGAGCAAAUGAGGAAUCAGUUGGACGAAACGAAAGAAAGUUUGGACACUUUAAAAGCAUCAGCAAGAAGAUUACUGGUUGCAGCAAAGAAAAUCUGCAACAUGGGAGAGAACGAAGAAUUGUCAAAUGACAUGAAAAAAGCAUUUGAGCGAUGCCCAGACAAUAUGGAAGAGAUUGAUGCAGCCAUCCAUGAAGCUAAAGCCAGAGCUGAUUGUAUUUUCUCCACCAGUGAAGAGGUUGUCCAUGAGUAUGAGAAAGGGAAGAAAUAUAUUGCCAAAACAGAGAAAGAAUGCAAGGAAUUGAAAGCCAGGCUGGAUGAUAUGCAGGAAGAUAUCGAAAAGGUUCGUGAAGAAUGGCUGACUCCUCUGAAUGAGCUACUGGAGCAAAUCAACAAGAGUUUUUCAUAUUUCUUCAAAACGAUGAACUGUGCUGGUGAAGUAGAUCUAUAUGAACCAGAAAAUAAGGAAGAGUAUCAUAACUAUGGAGUCAGAAUAAAGGUGAAAUACAGAGCUUCGGAAAGUUUACGAGAACUGACGGGUCAUUACCAAAGUGGUGGGGAACGAAGUGUUGCCACUAUAUUAUACAUGAUGGCGCUACAGGAGAUAACAAAAUGCCCAUUCAGAUGUGUGGAUGAGAUAAACCAGGGAAUGGAUCCAGCCAAUGAGAGGAGAGUGUUUGAUUUGGUUGUCCAGACAGCGUGCAAGAAGGACACAUCGCAAUAUUUCUUGCUCACUCCCAAGUUGUUAUCGAACCUUUCUUUUUCCGACAAUAUGACAGUACUCUGUGUCUUUAAUGGGCCAUCCAUGCUGCAUCACAAAGACUGGAACAUGAAGAAAUUCUUCAAACGCCUAUGUCAUAUAUUUGAAAAGCCUAUGUCAUAUAUUUGA